UUUAAUAUAUGAAAGUUCAUGUCUUUUUAAUUAUUAAUCUUUUUUUUUCAAAAAUUUCUUAGCUUGUCUCAUUGAUUCACUCUUUCAUCUCAAGGAAGGACAGUUUGUUUAUGGAGCACAGGCCAUAGCUGCAAUCUGUUAUGAAUCUGUUAGUAAGCUCUAACAUGGUGACUAUCUCAAUAAAACAUUAUGAGCUAUAGCUAUGAGCUAUGCAGUACUUGGUAAUUGAAACUACUUUUUCUCUGCAUCAAGGCCCUACAUAGCUUGAUGGUGGUUGUCAAUUGACCCAGUGUAAUUAACUCAAACUAAAUAGAAAAUUGUUUAUGUGGUUCGUGUCUUCAUGGCUGCAGGUGAUUGAUUUGCUUCUACAUGAGAUCUGAAUCUGAAUCUGCCUAGAGGCAUUGAUUCCUGACAGUCUACAAGACCAGUGAUGUCUCAGGAAAUAUCUCAGAUUAACCCAUACAGCUUUAGCGCCAUUGACAGUCCUAUCCAUGGGUACAGCUGUCACUCAUGGCUAUCUGUAAGCCAUCCAUAAUAAUAAUAGCCAACACCUGUUCAACAGUUACUUUGUACAGCAUUGUAUGCUGGGCCUCCCCAUGAAUUUUCCUGUAACUCUCCUAGUAAUCUUAUAGUCCAGGGGCUCUUGAUGUUCUCAUUUUAUUGGGAGCAAAUCAGUCUCAGUGUGUAAGCUAUGGGGGCGAGUUCAUAAAAUGAGAAGGUAUCAGACAAAACUCCAAAGUCUGAACCUUUAACCACAGUACCAUGCUGUUUUCAAGUAGUAAAAUACCCUAAGAUUGAAAAAAUUGUUGGGGUCAGUAAUGAGCUAUGCUAGCUUCCCUUUGGUGUACUUAGUAUGAAGACUUCCCAAGAGACUUCUUCCAUAAUUUAUUGGGCAUUUAAGCUAUGCCUUGAGAAAAUAUUAUCAAAGUCAAGUUACGAUAUAGUUUUCUGGGCCAGUUAGAAGAUGAUAUAUCAAAAAAUUUACAUAAAAGUUUGUAAAAUUGUUAUAAACAUCAAAAAUAACUUUUCUUAAGGGUAAAAGAAGAAAUUUAAAAAAUUUAUCUAGAUGGCUAUCUGGGACUGAAGGGCUAUUUCAGUUUUAAUCUGCAGUGAUGACCCUUAUGCUUUUAUAAAGCUGCACUUAUAUAAUGAAUUUUCAAAGGCUUAAAAAAAACUUUCAGUGACUGAUCUCUGUAGUAAUCACAGAAUUUCUGUUAGGUUUUCAGUCAAAUUUGAAAAUAUCUCUUUAAUUUGAAUGAGAUUUCAGCAGUGCAUUCUCUUCUCUCUUUUCUGAUUCUAGAAGCACCAAGCCAAUGACUGGGGGAGGAAAUAUUACAGAGGUCACUUAUUUCAUCCUUUUGGGAUUCUCUGAUUUCCCCAGAAUCCUAGCAGUGCUCUUUGUUGUAUUCCUGCUCAUCUACAUUAUGACUCUGACUUGGAACUUGUGCCUCAUCAUCUUAAUAAGGAUGGACUCUCACCUCCACACACCCAUGUACUUCUUCCUCAGUAAUCUGUCCUUCAUGGAUAUCUGCUAUGUGACCUCCACAGCCCCCAAGAUGCUCUCCAGCUUUUUCCAAGAGCAGCAGACUAUCACCUUUGUGGGUUGCGCCGUUCAAUACUUUGCUUUUUCAAUCAUGGGACUGAGUGAGUCUUGUCUCAUGACAGCCAUGGCUUAUGACCGAUAUGCCGCCAUUUGUAAUCCUCUUCUCUAUUCAUCAGUCAUGUCACCCUUCCUCUGUAUUUGGAUGGUGCUGGGGUCCUAUCUGGCUGGACUCUCUGGUUCUGUAUCCCAAUUGUGUGCCAUACUUCAGCUUCACUUCUGUGGGCCUAAUGUCAUCAACCACUUCUUCUGUGACAUGCCCCAGUUGUUAGUCCUGUCCUGCACUGACACUUUCUUUGUACAGCUAUUGCUUGCUAUAGUAACAAUGAUCUUUGGGGUAGUUAAUGCUCUCAUUAUCAUGGUAUCCUACUGUUAUAUUGUCAUCUCCGUCAUGAAGAUCACUUCAGCUAAAGGCAGGUCCAAGGCUUUCAACACCUGUGCUUAUCAUCUAACAGCAGUUUCCCUCUUUUAUAUCUCGAGUGUCUUUGUCUAUUUGAGUUCCAGCUCUGGCGGCUCCUCCAGUUUUGACAGAUUUGCAUCAGUAUUCUACACUGUGGUUAUCCCCAUGUUGAAUCCUUUGAUUUACAGUCUGAGGAACAAGGAAAUCAAAGAUGCCUUGAGGAGUUUACAGAAGAAGAGAUGGUACUGCUGAGGUUCUGUCCAGAUUUGUCCUAUCAGAAAGCUUAACUCCUAAGAAUAUGCAAAUAAAUGGACUAUAAUAUCGCCUUUGUAUAAAGAAAGCUUAGUUUGACACAGAUUAAUAUGCCAAAUGGACUGACGGUGACUUGACUCCACACAAACACAAUGUCUUUAAGUCCUGAGGAGGUUCAUACUUUCACUGUACAUGGGGAAUGUCAUCAUCAUUUAUAAAUAAUCUGCAAAUAUUUGUAAAAUGUUAAGGUUUAGAAACUCGUUAGUUCCUUUUGCUUUGGAGAUUGAGCCCUGCUCAGUCUCAGACCUCUGAUUGUAAAGGACAUCUGACAGAGGCCCCCAAGAAUGUGGAGAACUUGUGUCCCAAAUAUUUUGAUGUGGCAUAAUCCAGACAUGAUGGUGAUUGAUGUUUGUUGUGUGUUUCUGCCAUAGUGGGAAUAAACGGAGAGAGAGGAUGUGCCUUUGAACAGAAAUAAAGCUAUACGAUUAGCCUGGUUGUGUCUCCCGGGAAGAGUCUGAUAUAGCUACUGUUUGUUUAAGGCCUCUUUCAGAACUAAUCAUCCCAUAAAUUUGGUCACAUCCCAGUCUCUACCAGCUAUAAUCUUCUGAAGGAAAAGGUGAUUUGAAUCCUAAAGAGGAUUGGAAUGAAGGAUGUGGUCCCUUCCUUACCAUUUCUUAGGAGUCUGGUGGUUUAGUUUCUUGCUUCUAGUUUCAGUGGGGAUUUCUGAUGGGAGAUGAUGUUCAAAAUCCAUGUCAUAGCCAAUAUCAGUUUUUUAUAUUGUGGGACUCAAGCCUCUUUCUCCCAUUAAAUGUGGAAAAUUUACCCUUGUCUGACAUAGCCAGUGUUUCGCACUCUCAAAUCAUUUCUGAUAUUUCAAGCAUCUGUUUAUGUUUGGUGUGAGGAGACUUGUGUGAAAAUUCAUUGUAGGAAUAGAGUUACUGAAUUAUAAAUAUUGCAGACUAAGAACAAAUAUGGAAAGCUGAUAUAUAUUCUUUUUAUUUUCUAUGUUAAACACUUUAUGUCCUAGAGAUUUAUGGUGUUGUAUGGGGUGAUAUAAUGUGUGGAGUAGAUGGUUAGAGUUACUCUAAUGCUGAUAUUUUCUAGGAAGCCUCAAGAGCCAGAGGGGAAAUAAUAGUGGGAGAGGCAGGGUUUUUAACUUUGGCCAGUUUUCUUUGUGUAAAGUAGAACAUAAAGCUUUUGGUUCUUGUGAUCUGUUUGAAAAGGGAACAAGAUGUGUAACAGUACUGACUGCUGAUUUGCCAGAUUGCUCAGACUUGAACCAACUAAUAUAAAACAUAUGUCAUUACAAUGACAUAUUAACCUUGGAGAUUCAUUGGGUUCUCAUUGCUGUUUGGGGGGGGUCUUAAUUCUGAUGAGUCACAUAAUUGUUCUCUUUAAUUAAAGAUUAUAAAUGAAGAGGCAUUUGAAGCCUUUGCCAAAUUUUUCAUGAGUUUGCAAAUGAAUGGGAUUGAGAGAAGGGGAAUCACUGAAUCUCUGGGAGAGAAUGUGAGGUCUUACCCCAUACCAAGGAAGUAGUGCAGUGUGAAUAAAAGAUGUGUGCUCCCCUUCCCCACUGUGCAAGCUUAGGUAUGUUCUUUGAAGCAUUGUUCUUUAAAAGUGUGUAAUGAUGUAUGAGAAGGCUCCCUAAGGAACCAUGAGGGCUUCAGUAGGAGGCGCACCUCAUAAUCAUUAUGCUGUGCAUUAGAUUUCCAUAUUUAUUUAUCUUUUAGUUGCAAGGUUGUACCCUUUCAAAAAACAUCUCUCCUAUUUCCUUGCUCUCCAGGUCUUGGUAACCACCAUUGGACUCUCUGUUUCAAUGGGUUUGGCUUUUUGAUCCUGCAUAUUAGUGCUAUCAUACAGUUUAUGUCCUUGUCUGAUUUAUGUCACUUGGCAUAAUGCCAUCAGGGUCCAUUCAUGUUGUCUCAAAUGGCAAGAUUUCCUUCACUGUUGUAGUUGAGUAAUAUUCCACUGUGCUGUGUGUCAACACCAUGUCUUCUUUAUAAUUCUUUAUCAUUCCAUAUAUUGCCUAUUAUGAAUAAUGCUGCAAUAAACACGGGAGUGGAGAUUAUCUUUUUGGUAUCCUGUUUUUAUUUCUGUUGAGUGUAUACCCAGAAGUGGGGUUGCUGGAUCCUAUGGUAGUUCUUUAAUCUUUUGAGGAACAUCCAUACUGUUUUUAAUAGUGGCUAAACCAAGUUACCUUUCCACAAACAGUGUACAGGUGUUCCCUUUUCUCUAAAUCGUCACCACCACUUAUGAUCUCUUGUUAUGAUGAUAGUCAUUUUAACAGGUGUGAGCUGAUACUUCAUUGUGGUUUGGAUAUGCAUUUCCUUGAUGAUUAGUGAUGUUGGAUAUUUGUUUAAUGUACCUGUUGGCUAAUUGGGUGUCUUCUAGGAAAAAUAUCUAUUUGGUUCCUCUACACAUUUUUAAAUCAGAUUGUUUUGUUUUUGAGUUGUAUGAGUUCUUUUUAUAUAUUGGAUA